AUGCCGCGUAUUUCAAUCUAUCUUCAGCUUUGUUUUUUGGUUUUUCUUGCUUCUUUAUUCUUUGUUUUUUAUGAAUUGAUACCGAUCAAUACAAAGGAUUAUAAUGAAAUUAUUGAUGAUUAUACUCGUUGUCUUCUUGAUGUUCAUCGAGCAUUAGGUUCAUUAUCUAUUAAAUGGUUUAUUACAUUUGGUAGUGCGCUUAUGUAUUGGCGUUCAAGAAAUUUUACUUCGAAUGAUAUGGAUAUUGGAAUUUUUUAUACAGAUUUAAAAGCAAAAGCUUUUAAUGAUAAAAAAUUUAUCAAAAUUAUGAGAAAAAAAUUUCAUUUUAACUUUCUUCAUCAUUAUGGUCAAAUAGACCAUGGACAAGAAUGGACAUUUUCAUGUCCAAAAUCAAAUAUACCUAUUGAUAUUUUUGUUUAUUAUCGUCUAAAUGAAUUAAAUAAAUCAUCAGAUUAUUGGUCAGCAACUUAUAAUGGUUUAUGUAAUAAUAUGAUUUAUAAAAAAUGUCGAUGGAGAUUUAAACAAUUUAAUUUAACAACAUUUGAAAUGUUUAAAAGAAAAUUCUAUAUUGUUCCGUUAGAAUUUAUUAAAGAACGAUAUGGAAAAAAUUAUAUGAUACCACACAAGUAUGAUUAUUUUGAAUCAUUAAAGUUUUUACCAAAUUUAAUUGAAGAAUAUGAUGUUAAUACAACAAAUAGUAAACGAAAGAAAAAAUAA